UUUACUUUGAAGACCAAAAGAACGUCAGCUUGAAUUCCAAACCGUUGGGCAUCGAGUUCGAGAUGCUGCUGAUCAUAGCUAAAGCGUUGAAUUUCAAGCCGGUUUUUUAUCAGCCCGAAAACGUGAAAACCGAGAGGUGGGGUAACAUGAAGAACGAUACGUUGACGGGACUCCUCGGCGAGGCCAAGAAAGGCAACGCAGUUUUUUAUCUCGGAGAUUUGUACUAUACGCGGGAGCACUUGCAAAUUUUGGACUUGUCGUGGCCGUACAAUACCGAGUGUCUGACGUUUUUGACCCUCGAAUCGCUCUCGGGAAAUUCCUGGAAAUUGCUCGUGCUGCCGUUCAGGCUGUAUACGUGGAUUGCGGUCAUUUUGACGCUGUUGUUUGCUGGACUGGUGUUUUUCGUCAUUGCCAUUUUUUACAAGCACAAAGUAUCACGAGUUCAAGAAAUGCCAAGUGAAAAUGCUCGUGUCCCGAAAAUGGUGAUAGAUUGCAAAAAUUUUAAGAUCCUUAAAAAUCAGCCGAAAAGGGUGGAGGAGUGGAAAGGCAUACAUUUGUUUGCUGAAUUUCAAAAUAGCAUUUUAUACACGUACAGUAUGCUACUUCAAGUAUCCUUGCCGACACUACCCAACGCUUGGUCAUUGAGAGUAUUCAUCGGUUGGUGGUGGAUAUUUAGUAUUUUGAUUGCCGUCACUUACAGAGCCAGCAUGACUGCUUCUCUUGCUAAUUCAGUACAGAGAGUUACCAUUGACACUUUGUCACAGCUGGUUAAAAGUUCAGUAUCCAUUGGCAGUUGGAACUAUGAAACAAAAGAUUUUUUUCUCAACUCUUCGGACUUUAAUUUACAAAGAUUAGGCAAUAGAUACGUUAUCGUGACAGAUGAACGCGAUGCAAUAGCUGCAGUUUCCAAUGGAAGUCUAUGUUAUUACGAGAAUUACCAUGUACUGCAACGUGAAAGAGUUAAAAGACAGAUUUUAGAGGCAGAAAUGCAGAAAAAUGGUACCCAUGUCAACAAGCAUAAGAUUUCAGAUCACAAUUUGCACGUUAUGGAUGAGUGUGUGGUAAACAUACCUAUUUCUCUGGGAAUGGAUAAACAUUCACCUCUCAAGAGUCAUGUUGAUAAAUUAGUUAGUGUCAACUGGUGUAACUUCUCUGGUAUAAUAAUUGCACAUAUAAAAUCAUUUAAUCCUUUUGUUUUUUUAGAUAAAACGUAUAAUAGAAGCAGGUUUUGUGGAAAAGUGGUUAAGCGACAUAAAUCAGCAAUCAAAAGUAUUAGAACUACGACAAGAAGGCACUGCACAGAAAGCACUGGUGGACUUGGAUAAGCUUCUAGGAGCUGUAGUUGCCCUGAUCUUGGGUUAUUUCUU